AGCAACUGGCUCUCCGUGUGGCUAAGCCUCCUCCUCCCUGCCUCGGUAGGAACCAGCAAACUACGUUAAGAAUAAAAAGACAAAGUCCUGCCUUCAAGCAGCUUACAGUCUACCGGGAGGAGACAGACUACACACAAAUAAAUAAGUAAAAAUAAGCUUGCUGGGUGAGCACUGGAGAGACAGUCUGAUAAGCUUUAAAAGAGGUGGCAAGGAAAACCAGCCCCCUGUGGACACUACCCAUAUGGAAACAGGCCAAGACUGGAAACACCUUUAGGAAGAAGGGUAUCCAAGCAUCGAACAAACAACUGAGAUCCUGUUGUGUCUCUCACCUGCUGAAGUUGCCAAUCUCAAGGAAGGGAUCAAUUUUGUUCGAAAUAAGAGCACUGGCAAAGAUUACAUCUUAUAUAAAAGUAAGAGCCACCUGCGAGCAUGCAAGAAUAUGUGCAAGCACCAAGGAGGCCUGUUCAUAAAAGACAUCGAGGAUUUAGACGGAAGGUCUGUUAGAUGCACAAAACACAACUGGAAGUUGGAUGUGAGCACCAUGAAGUAUAUCAAUCCUCCAGGCAGCUUCUGUCAAGACGAACUGGUUGUGGAAAAGAAUGAAGAAAAUGGACUUUUGUUUCUAGAACUGAAUCCUCCUAACCCCUGGGAUUCAGAGCCCAGAUCUCCUGAAGAUUUGGCUUUUGGGGAAGUGCAGAUAACAUACCUGACCCAUGCCUGCAUGGACCUCAAGCUGGGAGACAAGAGGAUGGUGUUUGACCCUUGGUUAAUCGGUCCUGCUUUUGCCCGAGGAUGGUGGUUACUGCAUGAGCCUCCAUCUGACUGGCUGGAGAGGCUGUACCAAGCGGACCUAAUUUACAUCAGUCACAUGCACUCAGACCAUCUGAGUUACCCCACACUGAAGAAGGUUGCUGGAAGAAGACCAGAUAUUCCCAUUUAUGUCGGAAACACGGAAAGACCUGUCUUUUGGAAUCUGAAGCGGAGUGGUGUCCAGUUGACUAAUAUCAAUGUAGUGCCAUUUGGAAUAUGGCAGCAGGUAGACAGAAAUCUUCGAUUCAUGAUCUUGAUGGAUGGCGUUCAUCCUGAGAUGGACACUUGCAUUAUCGUGGAAUACAAAGGUCAUAAAAUACUCAAUACAGUGGAUUGCACCAGACCCAAUGGGGGAAGGCUGCCUAUGAAGGUUGAUCUAAUGAUGAGUGAUUUUGCCGGAGGGGCAUCAGGCUUUCCGAUGACUUUCAGUGGUGGAAAAUUUACUGAGGAAUGGAAAGCCCAAUUCAUUAAAACAGAAAGGAAGAAACUCCUGAACUACAAGGCUCGGCUGGUGAAGGACCUACAACCCCGAAUUUAUUGCCCUUUUGCUGGGUACUUCGUGGAAUCUCACCCAUCAGACAAGUAUAUUAAAGAAACAAACAUCAAAAAUGACCCAAAUGAACUCAACAACCUUAUCAAGAAAAAUUCUGAUGUGUUAACAUGGACCCCACGACCUGGAGCCACUCUUGAUCUGGGAAGGAUGCUAAAGGAUCCAACAGACAGGAAAGGCAUCAUAGAGCCUCCAGAGGGGACUAAAAUUUACAAGGAUUCCUGGGACUUUGGACCAUAUUUGAGAAUCUUGAAUGCUGCUGUAGGAGAUGAAAUAUUUCGUCACUCAUGCUGGAUAAAAGAAUACUUCACUUGGGCUGGAUUUAAGGAUUAUAACCUGGUGGUCAGGAUGAUUGAGACAGAUGAGGACUUCAGCCCUUUUCCUGGAGGAUAUGACUAUUUGGUUGACUUUCUAGAUUUAUCCUUUCCAAAAGAAAGACCAAGCCGGGAACAUCCGUAUGAGGAAAUUCGGAGCCGGGUUGAUGUUAUCAGACACGUGGUGAAGAAUGGUCUGCUCUGGGAUGACUUGUAUAUAGGAUUCCAAACCCGGCUGCAGCGGGAUCCUGACGUAUACCAUCAUCUGUUUUGGAACCAUUUUCAAAUAAAACUCCCCCUAACACCACCCAACUGGAAGUCCUUCCUGAUGUACUGUGGGUAGAGAGGACCUGAGAUUUCCCAGUUCACAGGGACACCAAGCAACAUGAAAAAUUCAAGUAUUUACUGAUGCUACAUCUUGAACAUAGACGCUUAUACCAAAGAGACCAUGCCUUAUUGACAUCAGCAGUGGAUAAUUACAUGUUGCAUUUGUGAAAUGUUCACGUAUCUUAUGUUUGUUGGAUCACUACAUAGAUUAUUAAUAUUUUACUUAUUCCGUCCAUAAUUUUCUAUAAAAGAACCAAUGAACGCAAUAGGAACAACUUCUCUGUGGAAAAGAAAGAUAACAGGAGAUGUAAAUCCAAGCACAGAAGAAAUAGAACGGGUGGAGAAAAGGUUUCCUAGAAGACAGUGAAGAAAAAGGAAGGGGGUGGGGGAGCAGAAGUUAAGCUAGAAGAAGAGAAGAAAGAAGAGAAAUAGAUAAAUGAGAGGCUAUAAGAAGAAAAUAGGGAAGAGAAAAAAUUAAGAUGGAACUUAAAAAGGAGAAUGUAAAAACAGACAUUUUGUUCCUUAAUAGAUUGAUUCCCCAAACAGAGUCUGUGAAUCUAAUUGAGUAAGAAGUGUUCAUGAGCUGUUUUCAAUUUUUCAAAAAGCUUUGUUGAAAUCAUCUAUUUACCAAAACAAGGCUGCAGAGGCUACCCUAAAAUGUAAUACUUUCGUUGGAACUGAAAGUAUUUUAAUUCGGUAACAAAAUCUGUUAUUUAAUGUAAAUUAUAAAUUCUAACAAAUGGCGGUAUCUUUAGACUAAAAAUACGAACACUAGUUAGUGAUAAAAUGAGUUUUAUAGACAAUAAUUUUCAAAAUCGAUAGAAUAAUGAACAAUAAAGACCCAUGUCUUGAAAAAAAUUAGGAAAUCCUCUUCUGAACAUUUGAAAAUGCUGUUGCAAUGGUUAAAAUAGGCAACUAAUUUAUUUCUGCUAAUGUCUGUAGUUUCUGAUGAUAUUCCCAUGAUUAUCACAUUAUCCCUAGGAAUAUGUGAUUGUUAACUACAUUUCUAUUUUACAUAUUGCUCUUUCCAGUAACACAAACCCCUCAUUGAUCUGAACAUCAAAAUUGAUUUUCUGAUUAUGUAUACUACCUCUUUAAUUCUGAAGAAACAAGAAUCCAAUGAUGGAAUUUAUCUCCUUAAAUCUCUUGAUUAUCUACAUCUCAUAAAGAUGAACACCAAUGAAGUUUGAUGGCUCUGGUCCACUUCACACAUUAUGCAUAUAUUUUGUGAUUUACAUUAUGCAUAUAUUUUAUAAAUUAUUUAAU